AGGUCUGCAGCUGAGUCAGGGUGUAUGUUGUUGAUGUGUUGUCCAAGCAUUUUUUCACUUUUAAGUUGUUUUACUGUGGAAAUCUAAUAGAUGACAGUCACAUGUAAGAUUUUUUAAGCAAGAUGUCGAUGAAUCGAUGGCGAUAAUUCCAUAAUAUUCCAUGGAAGUUAAAUAAUUCGAGAGGGUUUUGUUCGGUGUAGUAUCUGAUACAGACAUCGAAACUGGAUCCGCAAAAUCGCUUGAAUGGUCAAAUUAAAUCAUGCAAGAGGAUGAAAAAACGUAAAGAACUCGACGCUUUGGUCAAUAAUGGUAAAUUAGGAAAGAGAAAUAAACUAACUACAGCCAUUGGACACGAAUUACUACGACACGAAACUGAUUCUUCUGAUAUGGAAGAUUUCUCUAUACUCCAGCCAAGAAAGAGACCUAAAAAGGGCGGAAUUCCAUCUAGGUUAUGCACUACUUGUUUUCCUUUGUGCCUCUUCUUAUUAGUUACUGCUUGUGUGGCAGCUUCAGGUACAUUGGUAUGGCUUCAUCUCGGUUUAAGAGAAGAUAUGGACAGAUUUCGCAUCAAUCUACAGAAAGUCGAAGCUGAAGGCGAAGGAACACCAGAAACUCUUCAUUCCAUCCACUCUCAUUUGAAAUCUUUACACACAGACAUCACUUUUCUCGAGAACAAAUUUGUAAAAGCAACAUCAGACAUAGCUAGCAUCACUCAAGAGAUUGAUCGUUUGAAAGAAACAGCAAAUAAUUUAAAAGCAAGCGUUGCUGCAGCUCCAGAAAUUCAAACUCUACCCAAAAAUGUCGAAUCUCUAACAGAAAGUAUAGCAAAUAUUGGUAGUAAAAUCACCGCUCUAGAAACAACUACAAAGGAUUUGAAGAGUGACUAUUCCGGUUUGAAAAAAUCAACAGAAAUUCUAAACAGCCAAAUGGAAGUUGUCAAGGCAAAGUUGGAUGAAGUUAAAGCUAAACAGCAAUUAGCUGUGGUUGCAACUGUUAAGGAUGAGAAUCAAGAAACUGUUUCUCAUUUACAGAAAGUAAAUUCAUCUUUAUUUAUUUAG